AUGACUACCUCAUUCUCCUCCCUCCCUCUCGUCGAUCUCUCUAUUCUAUCAUCUCCUCAUCCCUCACCACAGGAACUACAGCAACUGAGCACCCAACUCUACGAUGUCUUCGCAACGACCGGCUUCGCCUACCUCACCAACGCACCCUUGUCAUUCACCCACGACGACGUCUUCAGGCUAGCUAGCGACUUCUUCCGCCUAUCCGAAGCAGAGAAGUCGCAGCUUUCGAAGAAGACCUUCGUCAAGCGGAACCAGAAUACUUACCGCGGGUACUUCCCUCCUCAACCAGGCCAGCAGGAUAAUCUCAAGGAAGGUUUCGAAGUCGGACCUCCCAAGGAACCAAGAAGAUCGGCGCUUGGAGCUUCGCAGAAGUUCGACUUGACGGAACCGAACGUCUGGCCUGAGGAAGAAUCGUUCCCAGAUGGCAAAGCCAGGCUCGAGAAGUUGCACGAAGAACUCCAAUCCUUGUCAUCGACUCUGCUCUCCCUGCUGGCGGUAUCGCUAGACAGAGCGCCAGAGUUCUUCUCAUCCUACCUGCACGACUCAUUGUCCACGCUUCGAUUACUGCACUACCCUCCCCAGCCUUCACACCAGGAGGCCGGCAAAGACGCCGUGAAGCUCUGCUGCACACCGCACACCGACAGCGGCAUCCUCACCCUCUUGCACCAAGACCCGACAGGCGGGCUCGAAGUGCAGAAUGCCAGCGGCGACUGGGUGCCAGCACCGUACGUUCCCAACUCAAUUGUGGUCAAUAUCGGCGACUUGCUGGCGAAUGUCAGCGGCGGGCGGUUCGUUGCGACGAUGCACCGGGUUCGGACGAACGAUAGUGGAGCAAGUCGUGCGGACGGGAUGGGAAGGUUUAGUGUGCCAUUCUUCUUUGAGCCGGGUGAAGGGUGCUUGGUGAAGAGCGUUGAUGGGGGCGAGGGGGUGUUGUAUGGGGAGUAUGUGAGGAAGAAGAUGGGGACGUGGGUGGAGUAUCAGGAUGAGCCUGAGACGGCAAUGGAUGUCGUUGGGGGGAGUGAGGUCGCUGUUGAGGCUUAA